AUGUCGCUUGAACAUGAAGGCUCUCGUUCGCAAAUGAGUCAAUUCCGAUGCAACAUUGCUGGUUGUCAGAGAUCAUUCCACCAUGUGCGCAAUCUCGAAGCACAUUUGCACGUUCACGAAAGGCCCCGACCGCUCGACCGCGUACUACCCACGUCAUCGGCUGCUGAACGAAGUCACCUCCAAGUUCUUAGACAACAGCGCUCUCGCCAAGAGUUCUUUCGCCGACGCCGCAGACGACAGAAGAACCUCAGAAACGGUUGGCCCGACUGCGACGUCGAUGGCUCGCCCCGCAUUUGUUCAGCCGUUGUUAGGCCAUGCGGAAUUGGCACCCGACCUGGAUUUUCGGAAUGUGAUGGAUCAAUGGAAUGGGGAGUUUGUGGUGAAUCUCGCCCAGGAUCAACAUGUUUUUCGUCACCUUGGGCGUCAUUUCACCAUAAAUCUAUUACGUGAAGCAUUGCAGGGCACAUUGCGGCCUGCUCGACGGCCUCCAGUGGCGGACUCAUAGAUUUUGCUGGAAAGUUAUUUUUGUAGAAAUUACGGUGUUAUAUGGAUCAACUACUUCCUGAAUAUAUGCUCCUUAGCCUCAUUGAAUAAAAUCAAGUGAAGCGCCUUUUGAUGGGAUUUUAGCACAGAAACUUGUUGGGGUCAAGAAAGCAAUCCGCCCGCUCGUGUGCAAGUACAGGCUUCGCAGUUACGUAUGCGAAGUGUAAGCGAGGUCAAACGUUAAGCGCGCGUUAGGCGAUCCUUAAGCAUGGCCAUCGCAGCGCUGGCUAUGCGCGGAUUAUGAGGUUCGCCCAAUUCAGCCGCGCGCGUAUGCGUCCUUAUGCACAUCUUAUGCACCGUUAAGCGCUGUUAAGCGCGCGUAAUCUCGGGCGAAUCCUUAAGCGGGUUCGCGCGCGUGGCCAUUUUGCUGCUGGCCUUCCUUCUCCUCGUCGACGCCUCUGCACUUUUCGCGUUGCACUUUUCGCGUCACUUCAUCUUGUCGACAUCGCCCCCAGUUUCAGAAGGAUACAAGGCGGUGGCCUUUGUUAUGUGGUAA